AUGGAGGGACAAUGCCUCUCGGACGAAUUCGCAAAAUGUGAUAUGGGCUCCGAGGGGGAGGUGCAAAUGAUGGAUACCGCUGCGAAGAGGAGCGAUGGGGGGGGGGAACAUAGAAAUAGCGUUCUAGCCAAUUUUAAUGACCUCUAUGGAGCGAAAGGACGUACCAUCACAAAUUCGUUAAUGGAUAUUUUUCACUUAAAUGAAGAAGAAGAAAUUAUUCUGUUUAUUACUCAGAAGUUUUUACACAUAUAUGGCUUAUGUGUCCCUUGCUUCAAAUUUAGCAGCCCCAACUGUUUGUGUAGUAACGGCAUUAAAUGCAAAUGGUGCCAUCAUUACAGUCACACAGAUAAGAACUCUGUUUUACAUCCUCAUAAAAUGUUACACAUGAGAAAUAAAUGUAAAGUCUGUUCAUACUUAUCUAGAGAUGGUUUUUGUUUCCUCCAAAAUGAGUGUCAUUUUUGCCAUUCCGUUGAGCACCUACCUUCGAAAGUACGAGAUUCAUAUUUUCGCACGUUGAAUGAUCUGUACGAAAAGAAAAAACACACUGAUGUGAUUACGAAAGAGUUGCUUUAUAGUCUCCAACAGGGGAAGAGCAGCAUCUUUGAUCGCAACCUUUUUGUUACCAUGGAUAAGGAACUCAUGAGCAUGUAUGAUGACAUUCAGGGGGGAGGCAAUGUCGAAGAAGGUGGAGACAAUGGGACUGAAGGGACGCGAAACACGGUGGAAAGGUGUGUUGAGUGCGAUACACAGGGGAAGAGACCAUGUAGGAGUUACUUCCUUCUGGGGGAUACGCAAGCCAGCUGCGUGAAUAAUGGCAACUGCCCAGACUGCCACAACGAGGUGCACAAAAAAAAAAACUCAAGUUUGUACUUUAUGACUUACCUACAUGACAGGAACCUGUGCCAAGUGUGUCCACACAUUAACGAGGAGAAGUGCCCCUGCGAGGCGGACAGCGCUUAUUGUCACGACACGGACCAUAUAUCCUACGGUGUCAAAAUGAAGAACGUCUUGGGUGUAUGCGCAACGUCUUUGAGGGGUGAAUUUUCCGACGAACAUCAACCAGGGAAAGCGGCACCAGCAGAUGUUGUGGAUGGCCUGGCCAACGUGGCAGAUUCGGUGUCUAUAAUCGCGGAGCCUACCUUCGGUUCCCACAACUCUAACCUGAUCACGGAUCGACAGGAACAUCGAAGCAGUCACCGAAUGCGCAGCAGUGCGGGGAUACACUCCCGCCCCCUCAACGUGGAUUCCCCAAGCAGUGAAAGAAAAAAGGAUGCACGCAAGAGAACAACACAUGUAAGUGAAUCCUCCAAAAGAUAUGCACACUCAAGAAGUCACAGCAGAAAUGCACACACAGGUAGAACAAGGUUGCACAGAAGGGACCAUACAGAGAAAAAAAACGACACAAAAAUGGGAACAACACUCAGAAGUUAUAGCAGACAACACGCACAUCACGUAGGAAAUAAUUUGUGUGACAAGGAUAUCUCAUCAUUUUAUAAGAAGGAUGAAGAAUAUAGAAAUGCAAAGUAUGUUUCCAGGAAGUACACAGACAACCCGAGUGACCUUGGCACACAUCAGAUAUGCGAUAGCACAGGCUACAGGAGAAAGAGACCUCUAACCGUAUACGAUGAAGCGGACUUUUCGAAAGGAGAGGAAGAACAAAAUAUGUAUAAACAUUUGCACCAUAAGACGAAGAACACCUCCUCUUCCCAGGUUGUGCAAUACAGAGAGGUGGACGUAAAAGGGGAAAGUAAAAGUCAGAUAACUGCAAAAUCGUACAUGAAUUCUGAAAAUAUCGCAGGGGACAAUGCAUUGGAGGAGGAAUCUAGAAGUAAGGAUGGCUGUAACGGUACUGUGGAGGAAGGGACAACCAAUCCGCACGGUCAUGAGAUGAAAGCGGAGGAUGAACGCAUUUGUAGGCAGCAAAAUGGGGACAGCCAUUAUGGAAGUCACAGCAACAAACGGGUGGACUCCCUGACCACGCAGGAAACAAAAUAUCAUUUGAACGAUCUCCACAGUUUGAGCAAAUUGGCCCUGGACGACAUUCGCAACUUUCAUGAUGAGGGCCAGGGCGAGGAGGACAUCGAAAUUGAGGAGGCCAGCAGCAGAGUGAAAAUUAUUCAGGACGUGCCAACGCAUAAUGCGCAGCGACCGAGGAGGGUUAGCGGAGGUGUUAGCGGAGGUGCUAGCGGAGGUGUUAGCAGAGGUGUUAGCGGAGGUGUUAGCGGAGGUGUCAGCAGAAAUAUUAGCAGAAAUAUUAGCAGAAAUAUUAGCAGAAAUAUUAGCAAAGAUAUUAGCAGAAAUAUUAGCAGAGAUAUUAGCAGAGAUGUUAGGGGUGACGUGCGGCGCGACGUGCGGGGCGACGUGCGGGGCUAUGACAGGGGCAAUCCCAGGAGCGGCCAUGCCAAUUGGAACCAAGUGGCGGGAAAAACGUGGAGGAAACAAAGAAUGAUGACAGGAGAGUUAACAGGAGCGUACUCCAUAGAGGAACACAAUGCGUGCAGGUGCAUUCCGUGUGCGUUUUAUUUUUCUAGUGGGUGCAGCUACUCUAUCCACUGUAGGAACUGCCAUCAUGAGGAGCACCGCAAUUCGUCCAGCUAUUUGUGCCAUUACAAAAUGCUACACAGAAUAAAAAAAAAAAACGCGGGAGAUGCGACACACGGGAAAGGAGAGUCCGCAAAAAAGGAGCUCUCCAAGGGGGACACCACCAAAGAGGAGAUUUCCGAAGAGGAGCCCCCCAAAGGGGACCGCAACAAAGUCAACCGUGAGGCAGGGAAGCAUUUCCAUUACGUCAAACAGGUCGGCUACAGAGAACUAGAUGCUCACGAUAGGGGAGUCUGUCACCCGUGUACUUUCUUCUUCUCGGGAAAUAAUGGAUGCUUAAAGAGGAACCGGUGCCCAAAUUGCCACAAUAGAGAGCAUGCAGAUAUUCACUCCUCGUACCAUCCAUCGAAGCUACUGCACUAUAAGGGAAUAUGCUACCCCUGUGUUGGCCACAUGAAGGGAACGUGCAGGCGAAGAUCGUAUGAGUGUGUUUACUGUCAUAAUGAGGAGCAUCUCUCGGAGGACAGGAAGGAUCAAAUGAGAAAAGUUAUCGAUUCGGUUACUGAGAAAAUGAAGGGCAGAAGGAGGGACCAUCAGAAUAUGCUUCAUGAAUACAGGGAAGAUAGGAGGUAG